AGAAAAAGGAUUAAAUCUUCCUCUGACACGUAUUUCCAAGACCGAAGACGAGAAACUAAUUUCGAUGACCACCCGAAGGUGGUGCAGAUGCGUGGUCUUAUUAAGAAAAUGCUCGAGGAACAUGAAAAAACCAAGAUCAAAGCUCCCAGAAGCACAAGCAAACGGAAUGAGAAGACACGAUCAAAAUCUAAAACUAAGGAGACGACUGCGAAAAAAGAAACUGCUGUCCUAACAGCAGAAUUCGAAACUGGAAGUUCACACGCAUGUCUACCAUUCUCACAGGUGGUCAAGGCUUCUAGAGACAUCACAAACUGUACCGACAACUGCCAUGAUUCAAAGGUCGAGACAGGAGCAAAAAAGGACCCGCACGCAAUGGAGAUGAGACGGUCUCCGGCUGAAGGAUACCGCUUGCUACCGAUUAUCCAUCGCUCAACAAUCACCAUUCAGAAGGUGAAGGAAAUGGCUAAGGAAAUGGCUAGGGAAGAGGAGCGACUUAAAAAACGGAAGACCAAAAAGGUGGCUAAAAGGAAGUCAACUGGAGAAGCGAAAAAUAAGGAAAAGUCUGCUUCAAAAAUCAACCCAAGAACGAAGUCGUGUAGCCAAAAAAUGACCAAACAAAUGUUGUGUACACAAAAGCCAGUCAUGCAAAAAUGUACCCACGAAAGCCUAGCUAAGGAAAUGCUACCUAGAAAGCAGCUUAUUAGUAAGCGGUUGACCAAAGAAAAGUCACAUACAGAAGGGCUACAGGUACAAACAUUCGACAAAGAAAAGAAAUGUGACAAAACGGUGGUUUAUAAUAGGUUGCUGGUUGGAGAAAAGUCUUCAUCGAGCAAGUCAUCUCCCACCUCUAACAAAACGGCGCCGAAACCCCUAAAUUUCGCUUACACGAUCUUUCUUGGCAGAACUAAAAGCGCCAUCGCUUUUAAAGUUCUCACUGAUGGCAAACGUAAGGAAACAGUUCUGCUUUCAGCCAGGGUACCAAGACGACUCCGUAAGCUUGACAAUCCGCCCAAGCUUACUGCUGAAAUGAUGGCUGAAAAGCAACUAGCCGUUCAAGAGAAAAGACUUAGAGAACUGGAGCGAGUCCGAAACUGCGCUCGCGCUUGUGCGCAGCCCGUUAAGAGAAACACCGCCGUCCACUAA